AUGAAUAUGUUGGAUGAUGAAGAUGACCAAAGCUUUCACGCUACGCGUGACGGCUACUCCCAUUUGAGCGAUGUCGAAUGGGAUGCGGUUGAACGAAUGGGUUCAACCAUGGGCAUCCAUGCUGUUAGCGUCAUGCUAGAGGCUCUCAAUAGAGAUGCCCAACAUGCUACUAUCGCCAAGUUCAUUCAAAAUGAACUUGACGCAGAACGCGAGAAAGUAGCCUUGCUUCACCAACAAGGUUCUCAACAAGCAGAGUUGUUGAGAGAACAAGGUGAUCAACAGUUUGAACUGUUGAGACAGCAGCAGGCUGCUGCUGGCGGGUCGAUGCACUCGCGUCGACCCGAGACUUUGAAGAUUGACAUCUCAAAGUAUAGGGGGGUCGAAGAAGACUCUCUCUUGAGAUGGUUCGUCGAAUUGGAUGACGCCAUAAGGGCGCGUCGCAUCGACGACGGGGAUAUGCAAGUUGCAUUUGCCCAGUCAAAUCUGGCAGGAUGUGCCAAGCCUUGGGCACUGGGGCUCAAGUUGCACGACCCAUAUGCGUUUGGGUCGUUGGAAGUCUUCAAGUCGCGGCUCAGACAAACGUUUGUGCCGCCUGGAGCUGAGUUCAGAGCUCGAACCGAACUCUUGAAGCUCAAACAGGGUAAUCGUGAUGUUCACGCUUACGCGCAACAUAUACGACAUCUUACGAGUUGUAUAAGUUCCAAUCCGGUGGAUGAACACACGUUGGUUUCGGUGUUCAUGCAGGGUCUUGCGGAUGGUCCCGUCAAGACUCACCUGUUCCGGCUUGAACUAGAUUUACUAGAACAAGCCAUUUCCAUUGCGGAGCAGGAAGACUUCAGUCUGAGACAGGCUCGCGCCAGCUCGACAUCAUAUCGUCAACCGAGACGAUAUGACAGCGGAGGUCCAGAGCCGAUGGAACUCUGUUAUGUAGAGAGCGAGAAGGCUCGCUCUACAGGCUACAAGAAGUUGCAGAGAUGCAACAGAUGUCAAAAGACAGGACACUACGCUUACGAGUGUAGUGCCCCUCGUCCAGUGUCUCGCAACACUGGGCGUAGUGACCGUCCACCCAUGAGAAAGGGGCAGGGACGAGGGUCCGCAGUUGGUGCAAAGACGCAACAACGGGAUGGACCGUCAAAAAACGGACAGGAUCAGUAG